UUUUUCGUUCACUAAUCGGGAAUAAUUUGGAAGCUCUUAACGAAGCAAGUAAAGUAGCCAGAACAUUGCAAGGAUCCGGACUAGUAGAUGGAUGGAAUCAAGUGAUAGGACGAGUUUUCACUAUAGAGCAGGUCAGAGCAGCUAUUACAAGAAGUUUAUCUGGUGUGUCCGUGAACGCAGUGAGAAGGGCGGUCUUUAAAGCAGCACAAGGUGCUAUGCUACAAGGCGCAGCUGCCGCAGAAGUGGCUGAAAGCGCACUAGCAGUAGGACUUACAACUGAAGAAGGAGCAGCGUUAUCUGUA